AUGGCGGCUACCUGGGGCGCGGGCGGCGCCCCGUCCGCAGCCCACCGCGCGCCCCGAGCCGGCCCCCCCCAGGGCCGCGCCCGCCGGCUCUCGAGGCGCCCGCCCCGGCGGCCCCCCGCGGUCCCCGGCGGCCGGGGCCCCGCCGGCUCCCUCCGGCCCGCCCGUCUGCGAGGGCCCCGGGCCCCCGCCGGCCUGGCCGCCGCCGCCCCGGGCGAGGUUCGGGCGCGGGCUCUGCGUGCAGGUGGGCCGCGGGCCUUCGCCACAGGUACCACCCUGCCUGCCCCUGGCACUCGGCCCUCCGCCCGCGCCGGCCCCGGCAACGGAAGGUCCGCUCCCAGCCCUCGGCGGACAGGUCUCUGCCCGUCCCUUAAGGGGGCGGACGGGGGGCGCUGCUGGGCAGAAGAGUCCGGGCACUGUGGGGCCGAACUGCCCAGGGGGCUCUUUGUGCCCCCCGCCGCCCCCACUCCGCCGCGCCGGCCCGCAGCCGCACAGCCACAGCGCAAGGCUGCCCCCUGCUGCCCGGCAGGUGCACAGGCCCUUCCCGGACACCUCCGUCCCAGGUCCCCGUUCCCCACCACCGGCGAGCCUCCCCCGGGGCCUCCAGGCCUCCCCAGCAAGAGCAAGGUUGCUCUGCAGCCUCCCCAGCGCCGGGCGAGCAGCUUGUUCGGAAUUUUCCAGGACAAGAGCGGCCGCGCGGUGGGGAAGGAAGGGGUCAUUGUUCCCCGCGGCCGGGAACAGCACCCCCUCCCCCGUCCCAGGCUCCCCAGGCUCCCGGUGCGCUCUGCACUGCCCAGAUGGCUCAUCCCGUUCAUCUGCGCCCUCAGCCCUCCACGGCUCUACGAAGAAAAUCAGCUCUGGCCUGAGCCAGUUGAAGCUGGAGCUGGAGAGAAAAUGAAAUUCUUCUCCAAGACCUACAAGAUCAGGCACGACCUGGCCUGCGGGCUCCCGGCACUGAGCAAGCAGUCUCCAGAGCUCCCCUCCCAACGCAGCCCUCCCCCCACCCCCCUACGCCUGCUCAGCUUCUUUGCUGAAAUUCCCUCCCCCACCCCCACCCAGGCGGUCCCACUGGACUCAGCUCAGCAGCCACCCAACUGGGCUCACACUUAGGGGCCAGACGCCAGCUCAGGCACCUUACCCUGUGGGCAUCCUCUCGCCCCCACCCCCACCUCCUGAGCCUCUCACUCCUGCCUGGGCAGGGUAGGCUUCUGUGGCACCCCAAGUUCACCGGCCCAGCCUCAGCCCCACAGUGAGGCUGAAGCUUCCUGGGCGGGGCGCGGCCUGCCAGAACGCCAGCCUGAACAGCUGCGGGAGGGGGGGAUGUGGGGGGGAGCAGAGGACUGACGGGGCAGUUAGUGUCCUGGGCCUGGAGGUUGUUCCUGGGGCUGUGUGCAGGUGCCACCGCCCUCUGCCCGGCAGCCCUAGAGGGGUGGGUGGCACCCAGGAUGAGCCCUGCCAGGCUGACUUUCCUCACCAGCAGGAGGGGGUGGGGGCCGUGGACCUGUGCGCAGCCCAGAACGGGUCCUUCAGCUCCCGGGGGAUGUGUCCUAUGCGGGGCCCUGCCAAGCCCCGGGCAGGGACAAUCUUUCAGGGCCCAGUUAGCAU